UAUACGGUAGUGCCGCUACUAAUCCAUGUGCUUCAACUGUGGCAAGUCAUAUUAACAUUGGACAGUCUGUUAGAAUUAGGGUUAGAAUUUAAGGUUAGAAUUUGAGGUUAAAAUAUAAUGUCAAAAAGCUAUUCAGCCUUAUAGAUAGAUUUGACUAAACAUUAAAGAAUUAUGGGUCGUCGUAGACCAACAUCACAAUGCAGACAGCAUAUCCAACCUGAAAUGAAACGAAACGAGUUGUUCGAAAACUAUUAUAAAAAUCAGGGAAUCGUUCCUGAGGAUGAAUGGGCAGAUUUCAUCGACUAUUUGAAAAGAGAUCUGCCUAUCACAUUUCGGGUAACAGGAUUUCGAGAUCAAAACAAGGAAUUAUUACGACUUAUCAAACAAAAGUAUCGGAAAGAUAUAUCUGAGAUGCAACAUUAUAUGUGUGAUGAAAAAGAUCAGACUAAUGGUACUUUUGAACCAUUACCUUGGUAUCCGAAUGAAAUGGCGUGGCAACUGAGUGUUAGUAAAUAUGCGGUUCGCAAAACAGAAGAACUCCGGAUGUUGCAGCAAUUUCUGGUGUCUGAAACAGAGUCAGGUAACAUCAGUCGUCAAGAGGCUGUGAGUAUGCUACCUCCGCUUCUUUUAGAUGUGCGCUCACAUCAUACAAUCCUUGAUUUAUGUGCUGCACCUGGGUCCAAAUCUGCUCAACUCGUUGAAUUGCUACAUUCUGAUGCAGAGGCAGUUCAAUCGAGAAUUGGUGUUGAAAAUGCCCCAAAGUAUGUUGAACCUACAGGAAUGGUUAUUGCGAAUGAUUUUGAUCAGAAAAGAUGUUAUAUGAUGGUUCAUCAAGUGAAACGUUUACAAAGCCCUUGUGUUGUGAUAACUCAAGAGGACGCUACAUGCUUCCCACGUCUGUAUGUAACUCUAUCACCAGAUGAAAAGACUAGUCAGAAAGAUUUGCGCCAACUAAUGUUCGAUCGUGUUUUAGCAGACGUACCAUGCAGUGGAGAUGGGACGCUUCGAAAAAAUCCUGACCUUUGGUUACGAUGGUCGCCUAAUCUGGGUAUUGGUGAACAUCCUUUACAAUGUAGAAUCUUAAAGAGGGGUUUGGAGCUUUUGCGUGAUCCAGUUGGAGAUUCUACAAGCUAUCCUCGGCUAGUUUAUUCUACUUGUAGCUUUAAUCCUGUCGAAAAUGAGGCUGUUGUGGCCUCAGUGCUACACGCGUGUCGGGGAGCUGUUCGGUUAAUCGAACCGGAUCUUUUAGAACGCAUAUUACCAGAUUCUUCUGAAAACAAGGAUUCAAUUAGACAGAAAUUUAAAUUCAGAUCGGGUUUGAGCAAUUGGCGUAUAAUGGACAAAAAAGGAGUUUGGUUUACGUCAUAUGACGAAGUCCCCACAGGCCAGCGGAAUUACAUAUGCCCUUCCUUAUUUCCUCCAUCUAAUGUAUCAGAUUUACAUUUGGAGCAUUGUAAACGCGUUUUACCUCAUGAUCAAAACACUGGUGGGUUUUUCAUUGCUGUUCUAGAGAAAAUUGCACCAUUACCUUGGAUGAAUGCUACAAAGCGAGAAGUUUCUGUAAGUAGCAAUCAAAUUAACCAAACAGUCAAACAGCUUGAACCAAAAGAUGAUUCAAGACCUCCAUGUGUUGCUAAAAAAUCACGUAUCUUUCAUGAAAAUGGAUUGACUUAUAUAGAUUCUACUUUGGAUCCAAUUUGGUUAACAAUUCGUGAUUAUUAUAAAAUAAAGGAUAAGUCAUCUUAUAAUGGUGAAUCAUCUUUGAUAUCAUUUUGUGCAGAUAACCUGCUUUCACGUUCUGGUGGAGAAGGAAAUCGCUGUCGCCUUCUCUACUAUACAAAUAGUCUUAUCAAAAAUAUGGUAUCAACAAAUAAGGAAAGAGGAUUGAAAAUAGUCAACACUGGUGUCCGAAUAUUUUCCUCAGUUGAAGAUAAACAAUUUGAAGGAUAUCGUUUAUUACAAGAUGGAAUCGAAGUAGCUGAUGCUUUUAUACCCUUAUCAAGCGAUCGUCGUGUUCGUCUCACGUCAAAUGAAUAUUGUGAUUUAGUGUUACUUUUAAAGUAUGAGAUGCCAUUGUUAAGUCUUAUGACUGAAUCAACUCGUCGUCAGUGUGAAAAUCUAUCACCUGGUCCGAUUUUAAUUGAUUAUACACCUAAUGUUACUGAAUUCACAAGUGAUGAUGAAUCGUGGACAUGUGAUAGUUUACCUCGUUGCAGACUUGUAUUUUCUGGUUGGCGUGGAGCUAAAAGCAUACGACAUUAUAUCGGACGUUUUGAACGAUUACAUUUCAUGAGACUAGCCAACAUUGAACCUAGUCCGUGUAUUAUGGGACACACCGCUAAGGAAUUAGUAGCUCACGUAAAUUCUGAAUCCAAUGAAGAUGUUGAAUGAUUGGUUCAUUUGUACACUAUUUCUGUGAUCAAUGUUAUGUACCAAUUUUUACUAAUCAAGAUACACGACCUUAUGGAAAUAAAUCUAGAGAUGUUCUUUUUAUCUUUACAUGAGAUUUAUUAUAAACAAAGGUCUCUGCUUGA